UUUUCAUCCAUCCACCGCUUAAAUUUCUCUACACAUUGGGAUGCGCAGUUCCUUUACACUUUUGCGCUCGUCCCAGCCUCUCCAGCCCGCCCAGCAAGAACAAGAACGCACCGUGCCCUCCCCCUUCUCUUACGAUACCCCGCCCCUUAACCCCGCUGUUCCCACCAUCCGCCUCGUAGCUGCCACCCCAUCGGACCCCAGCGCCUCCUUCGCCACCGUCAACACAUCCCAGAGCGCGAGCGUGACCGCGAACAGCGGCGUCUCGCCAUGGGCUGAGCCGCCCCCGCCUCCUGCUAUCUCCGUCCUCGCGCCGAAAGAAGGCGGUGCACGGAAGAAGCUCGUGCCGAAGCGCGCGUCCAAGUCCAAGCUCGCCAUCGGCACAGACGCUGGCGCUGGCGCUACCAGCGGACGCGGCAAGGAAAACCGCACGCUGGGUCGCAGCCACAGUCGCGCGAACAUCAAUGAUGAUUUCUCGGACGUUGCGCGGCGCGUCGGCGCUACUUCGAAGAAGGGCUUCGAGAUCUAUGUCGACUCUGCGAGCGCGAGCGGGUGCGAUGAUGCCCAGGAGGAGGUGGUGAUCGUGAAGAAGAAGCGGUCGCGUGCGGGGUUGAACGGGAUGAGCUGGGGGCCGGGGGCGCUGGGCGAGGUGACGAAUGUGCCGACGGUGUCCGUGUCUGCUGUGGAUGCGGAGGGGACGAUUGGGAGGAAGGAGGGGAAGAAGUCGAUGCGGCUUAAGGAGCGCGCGUCGAAGAGGGAUUUGCUCAAGGAGAAGAGCGAGGAGGGGAGGGGGAGCAGGCGCGAGCGGUCUGUGUCUGGGCUGGGUCUGUUGAAGGUGAUGUCGUCUGGCCCGGAGGAGAAGGAGAAGGAGAAGUGGUGGAGUAUUGGGCGGAAGGGGAAGGACGGGAAGGAGAAGAAGAUGGAGGAGCGCGACCGCGCGGUUUCGUCCCAGCCCUUUCCUCAGCUCGUGGUUCCUGACAACCGCGCACGGUUCAACUCGCUUGACUCGCGCGUGCUCCUCGCCAACUGCGUAGCUAACGCCGAGUCCACCACCGCCUCUGGCGGUCACGGUCUCUACGCCCCGCCCUCCCAUCCCGCCUCCUCUUCCUCGGACAAUCUUCUCCGUAUCCCCACUCCGAUGCACACGCCUAUUGCGGUACCUACAGUUCUCCCUCUCCCUCCUGACUCCGACUCGGAUGACGACGACACCGCGACCGUCAACGGCAACGCCAAUGCCCACACGACAAGUAAGGGGUCUGUUGCGGUGCGCGCUAUGCGCAGUAUGCGUUCGCUCGCGCGUAUCGGGAGCUGGAACCAGCUGCGGAGUAUGCCGUCGUUUGUUGGCGAUAAGGACAAGGACAAGGAGCGGGACGAGAGGGAGGAUAAGGACGAGAAGGCGCGGAGGAAGCGGGAGAAGAAGGAGCGCGAGAGGGAGAGGGCGCUCGAGAAGGAAAAAGAAAAGGAGCGCGAACGCGAACGCGAGAAGGAGAGGGAGAGAGAGAGGGAAAAGUCGGAGCGCAAACCCAAGUCCUCGAUCCGGUUCUCGUCGAUAUCCAAGUUACGCGCCAAGGCGUCUUUCCUCGGCAAGGGCGAGGAGGAGGAGAGACAUGAUCAAGGCACGCUGCGGUACUCGGCCGGGUCGUCGUUCGAGGCUGGCUCGUUGUCGCCGCCGCCGUGCAGCUCUGCGUUCUUUGAGCCGCCGCCUGGGCAUGCUCCCGGUGCGUUUUUGGCGCCGCCGUCGGUGGGUGGGAGUCCGGCUGCGAAGACGCUGGGGAGGAAGAAGAGCAGUAUCCUUGGUAUUGCGGGGUUCGGCAGUAUGCGCGGGAGUGUGCGUGGGAUGGGGAGUGUGAGGCUGCAGAAACCCAGGGGCGGGUCGACGAAGAGCGCGGUGUCGGUUGGGUCGUCGGCUUUUGCUGUUGGUGCGGACGGUGUGGCUGGUCCGGCUGGUGGUGGGAUUUUGGCGACGGCUGCGGCAGGGACGGGGAUGGGGACAGUGCAGCGUGAUCGGUCGGGGACUGUUACGACUGUCGCGUCUACGACUGCUUCUACGGCUGCGUCUACGGCCGUGUCGACGUGUACAGGCUCUUCGUCCCUGCGGCCGACGUCGCUUUCGUCGGGCGAGGGCGGCAAUGCUGGUGAGGGCGGUGGGAGUGUGAAUCACGGGGUGAGCGUCAAGUGGGACGAGCCUGCGCUGCGGACUGUGCGGGAGGCGAGGAGAAGGGAGAGGGAGGAAGCGGAGGCGGGGAGAGAGAAGGGCGGGGAGAGGGAGGAGAGGGAGAAGGAGAAGGAGAAGAGGGGAAAGCGCGUGCCGCUGACGUCUAUUUUUCCGUCGAUUCGGAGCGUUUCGUCUUCGGUGUCGAUGAAGAAGGACGCGGAGGAGGACGCUGCCAGGGUGGCUGCGCCUGUGGUGACUGUGCAGAAGCCGUCGCUGGACAGCGCGCGCAAUAGCGCUGAAUGCGACGUGUCGAUGCCGCCGCCGACGCCGUGUGAAACACCGGCGAGGCCCAAGGUGCGGCAGAGACCGAAGAGUGAGCAGAUGUUGCUGUGCCAUACGAGACCGAAGGCCAUGUAUGAAGAUUCGGAUGGAGAUGUCGAUCACGCGGUCAUGUCGCUUCUGGCUGGCGCAACCGACGAGCUCGCGCAGUUGAUCAACACGCUCGAUCUCGAGGCGACGCCUAUGUCGGGCAUGUCUGGGGCGCGCUCGCCGUUUGAUGCUGGCCGGAGCGCUACUAUUGGCAGCAGUACUGGCCGAGGCAUCGCGGACAGUGCGACGCGCCGCGCGGUGCUCGAGAGCCCGCUUAGUCGGCUGCAGGGCCAGGGCGCGGGUGGACAGCGCAAGGCGUUGACGCUCCGUGCGAGCCUUGCGAGCCUCGCUAGCCGGGCGUCGGUGACGAGUCUGAGAACGUACGCGCAGAAGGGUCAGGCGAAGCAUCAGAGGGAGCAGAGUCUGGCGACAAUCUUCGAUCAGGACCAGGACGCCGCGAAGAAGAAGGCGGCAGAGGUGGGGCUCGGAAGGCAUAUUCAGCCUUGGGAGACGUUCAAUGCUGCUGUCAACCCUGCCGACCCCAGCUCCGCGGCUCUUGCCCCUCCCUCUAACGACAACGAGGAAUCUCGCCUGGCGCCGAGUGUAAACCCGGGCACUGGCACGCUGCGUGCACGCAAGUCGGCGUUGUCUGUGGUUUCUCGGUCGACGGCUUCGUCCAGGGCCAAGCUGCGUCUGCGUCCUCGCGCGUCGAUCAUUUCGGACCAGAAGAUGGACAUGGUGCCGCCGGCUGAGAUCUCACCGCCCGUGUUCAAGGCUCUGCGUCCGUCCACAUCAGGGGUGGGCACGCUCAGGCCGAAGGCGUCCAUGCUCGCUAUGGCGCAGGAGAAGAUGCAAGUGGUCGUCGAGGCGGAGUCAGAUUCCACGCAUGCUGCGGAGGGAGAGGAGGAGGACAAGGUGUUCAAGUUGCCGUUUGAGCAGACGUUCGGCGAGCACGAGCACGAGCGCUCCGAGUCGGUUGCGAGCAGUGCUGUGCACAGUCUAGUGUUCAAGAAACCACUCGACAAGCGCUCCUCCACCGCAUCCACUGCGUCGGCUGCUUCUCUCGGACAGCUCGGUGCGCGCCUGCGUCGCGAAAGCGUGGCGUACAGCGACGCGCACGGGCUGCCUCUUCCGUUGGCUCCUGACGCUCGCAGGAGCCUUGCGUUCAAGGGCACCUUGGGCCGUGGGUCGACGACGAGCACGGGAGAAAAGAUCGAGCUGGAUGAGAACGAUCCGGACUCGGACGUGCCCGAGGACCUGAGGGCGGUUUUCGCGAGACGGGAUAGCGAGCCGUACGGGCGCUCAGAGGACGAGGCGCAGUCGAUGUCGUCGUGGGCGCUGUCGUCGCCCGAUGCGCUGCCCGCGCAGUCGCUGCCACCGCUCUCGAGGCCAGUGUCGGCGUCGAGCGCGGGGUCUGGUAGCUCGGAGUCUGUCUACUCGGAGCAUAUGCCUGUGUUCCGCGCUCAGCUUAUCGACGAGCAUGACCGGCGUUCGGAUGUUGGCGCGGACUUUGGCCACGACCACCGGGAUGGCAAUUCUUCGGACGGGUUCGGCGACACGGACGGGGAGCACACGGUCGAUACAAAGAAGAGCUUCGACUUCACGGGCGAGAUCCACAGGUUAAAUGAAUCGGGAGCGGGCGACAGACGGAGCUUUGUCGAGCAACUCGAGAACGCGUUCCGUAUGCCUGCAAGCAUCGACCUUGGGUAUAACUUCUCUCUGCAGUUUGGCGACAGCAUGCUCAGUCCUAGCGGCGAGGAGGCUGCGCAAGGUAGCUGUACUAACUAUCUCGAUGCCACUCGCGACGUAGAACACGACGUGUCGUGGUCCGAAGGCGACGCUUGCGCAGAGGAAGGAGAGACGUCCAUGCCGAGCUCACUGCAGGCGGAGCUUGCUCGCUUUGCGCGAAAGCCUGGUGGGCUCUCACCCGCGCCGAUGCCUUACCCGCGGCAGAGCUUCCCCCGGAGCGUCAACCAGGAGCCGUCGCUGUUCCCCGGCGGGGAGAGCUUUGCCAGGGACAGCUAUGCGAUGACGGAGGACUCGGUUCUGCAAGGCAGCUACGCUGUGACUGAUGACUUUGCCACGACUGAUGAAGAGCACAGUCCGGAAGCGAUGUUCAGGCCCGCACACACGUCGCAGGGCUUGGAGGGUGAGCUCAAUAUGAACUUCAAGUUCGGUGGGCGUGCGCCGCCCUCUGGACCGCCUCCUAUCCUCCCGCCUCAGCCGCCAAAAGUCCAGCAGGGCAAACCUACGCUUCCAUCGCAUCAUCUGACUCUGUCGGACAUCAUCCCACCGCCCGAGGUCGCUUUUGCGCUCGCCAAUAUCUCCACCACCUCAAGCGAGUACAGCGUGCUUAGGCCCAUCCUAGAGAAGGCUGCCGAGCCGCCGACUCCGUCGUCGCUUGCCACAAAGCCUACCGUUUUCUCUAAGCCUGCCACCGCUGAUGUUCCUACCGAGGCCGUCAGCAGCCCGGGACUCAAGUCUAUCCUCGCCAAGCCAGGCCAAGUCCGCGCUCGCCCGCGCCUCGACUCAAAUGCGAGUUCUAAACGCGUCUCGCGCGUGGUGUUUGCUCGCUCUAGGGUCGAUUCUAACAGAAGUACCGGCUCAAAGCGCCAUGCUCGUCUCACGGCUGCGCGUGCGUCGUUCCUCCACCACGUCAAGAAGUCGUCGGCCUUCAGCUUCGAGGGGUUCGAGUCGUUCAUGGAGGUCGGACGUGGCUCUGAGUUCAAUGGUCAGCGGCCGAGCUUCUACGAGGAGCAAGCGGGGUUCUCGGAGUAUUCGCUAUCGCAACUCCAGAUGCAGCCGCAGUUCCAGACGCAGCAUCACCCCCACGCAAAUGCCCACAGCAAGCGCACUUCGAUGUUCAGCAUUCCUUCGGUCUCCUCGUACGGUCGAACUAUCAACGCUGGCGUUUCGGAUCCCUUCGACUAUGGCGUUGGCCUCGCGAGUCUCAGCGAGAGUAGCACGAGCCCAGCGUCUGCCGAGUUCUCGUUCGUGUCGAGCAACGUCGACGAUACGUUCUCUUUCCUCCGCCACCAGCCGCGUCGCCGCCAGCGUGUCGACAGUGGCGCAUCGAGCUAUUACUUCCGCUCGUCUAUCCAUUCGCACAUCCGCCCGUACGCGCUCGCCCGGAACGCUCACCGCCAGUCUGUCGGCUCGGUUUUCUCAACGGCGCCGCCUAUCAGCAUGUACAACCGGUCUUUCGGCCAGCAAGGGCGUCACUCUGCUGCUGAUCAUCUCGACGAUACCAUGGACAGUAUGAGCUCCGUGGCUCGCGGGUUUGCGAACGCUCAUGCGGGCCGCAUGUCAUGGGCGCAGAGCCCCGAGUUCUCCUUUGACUCGGCGGUGAGCGGCUUUUCUAACGCGGGCAUCGAACGUCCGGGUCUUGGAGACAAGAUGCUGGACUCAUGCAUGCCGCUGCGGUCGAUCAACGCGUCGCCGGCAGAAAGCGCCAGCAGCUCUCGUAGCGCGAGCAUGGUCAUCGACCUCAGCGCCGCUGGUCCUGGCGGUGGCCUCGCUGCGGCGCUUGGUCUUGGAGGCGAGCGGGUGUCCAAUUUCCCCAACCACACGUUCGACUCCGUCAUGGACGGCACAUCCCCGUACUCGCAGCCAGACACGCACCGGACCUUGGGGUCGGCGGACUCCCUUUUUGACCAGAUGGCGCGCAGCCAGCUUUCGCUAGCCGAUUCUGUGUUCUUUGGCGCUCCGAACCCGAGGCCGCAGGCGGCGGAUAACCAGGCGAUGCCAAAGUACAGGCCGGUUUCGUCGUUGAGUGUUCCGAGCGUGCAUAGCUCGCUUCAGGAGGACGAUACUAUGAUUAGCAUGCUCGGCGGUGGUCAAGUUCGCAGACGCUCGGUUGGAUCUUUUAUCGCUGGGUCGCCUUGCGCUCGCGCCGAGAAGAAUAGGCCGCUUCCGGCCGAUGACUCGGAGUUUGAGUUUGAGCAGCCUGUUCACGAGCAACAGUCCGACGACGAGCACUGGUCCGAAAUCAGUCCUCAGUCCGAACACGAAUCGGACGCCAGCCCUCAGUCUGAAGUGGACGACACGGUCGAGAGCGAGCCUCCUUCCGACCUCGAGAGCGAAUUCGACAUCGCGCAUGCCUGCGUACUGCAGCUCAAUGCGGAGGCCGAGCAUCAGGUGGAACAGGAAGACCACGACGACGUCGAGGAGCACUCCGACCUCGAGCAGCUGUCCGAGAUGGGACACGUUGCGAUGAUGUAUCUCGACUCAACUUUCGAGGCAGAACCCAGCUUCAAGUUCGAGGUUCACCCCGAAGAGCAGGUCGCUUCCGUGCCACAGCCCGCCCUUGAGAGCCGUCCCGAUCCCGAGCCUCAGUCUACAUCCGGAAACCAUCAAAGCGACUCGGAGCAGCAACCCGACGCCAUGCCUCAGUCUGGAUCUGAACCUACUGAGUCGAAGCCGGGCCACACAUUCCGUUCUGGCCUGUCCGGUCUUGCCGAACGCGUCUCUGUCAGAAAAUCAUGGGCCCAUGAGACCAAGGCCUCCAACGCUGCUUCCUUUCUUUCGCCCCACUUUGGUGAUGAGAGGAUGAUCAGGGCUAAGUACGGCGUCCUCGCUAGGAACAGUCUGGAGGAGUCGGUGCUCAUUGCAAGUGGUGAGAAUAGUUCAGCUUCAUUCAAUAACCGCCCGCUUACCGUCUUUAGUCGCCCUGUCCGUGCCAGCCGUUCCCGCUCGAACACCGCCACGAGCAUUAGCACUGUGACAUCCUACUCCGGCGUUGAUACCCCUCCCCUUUCUCACUGCGGCAGUCACUCGUCUUUCUCCGAGAGCUCACGGGAGAGUAUCGACUUUUCCGAGAUCAACUCAAUCCUUGCGAACAUGAGCCAUGGUUCUGGUGCGCCCGCUCUCGGUCGCCCGCGUCCUCGUCCUCGUGGGCACGAUCAUCGCAAACGGAUCUCGGAAGCACGGCUCUCUUGUGCGUCAAUCUACGAAACAAUCGAGGAGGAGAUGACGGCCAUGUGUGCUUAUACCCCAUCCGCGAACCAAUCCACCACGGAGCUGCAAGCGCCUGUUGAUCCGACGGAACAGACAGUGCACCCCCUUUAUGUCGCUAAGUCUGCUACUACCUCGUCGGACUCGCUCUCGAAGUGGGAUGAAGACAUCACCUUCACCACGAUCCGCCGAUACUACGCGCUCCGCGAGGAAGCACAAGGCACCGUCGAAGAGAGUAAGAAGGUAUGGAUGGAUACCCCUUUCUCGACCUGGGCCAUUCAAAACUUCAGCCCUCCUCGUCAACGCGCAGGCAUGCGUCAGAUACUUGAGGAAUCGCAGGAGUGCUUCGGACCUCUUCCUUCUGAACUUCGCGCCAACCGCGCUCGCUCUCGUUCUCCCCGGGCCUCUCCUUACCCACGUUCGGUCAGGACGCCAUCUCCGCUCUCUCCCGGUCGCGCUGCUGCCAUCGCCAACGCCGCAGAGAAGUCCAUGUCCAAAACAUCUGCGCCGCCCACCCCUCUCCGUCAGUUGUCUAUUAACCCGAAUAUCGCGCACUCGGAGAUCGUUUCUCCCCGUGGCCCCGGCCUCAAGGCCAAGGACAAUUCGAAGUCUAAAACCAGGAUUCAGGGCCAGAACACGGUCAACGAACCUCGUCGCCCGACAGCCGGCUGGUCCAAGACAGUUACCAGCCGCUCCGCGAACGAGAACAAGGAGAACGGAACGAUUACGAAGCUUUCCCAAGGCUAUAUGGCAUCGGACAACUCGCUCAAGCUAACCAGGCCGCGUCCCCGCUCUCGCCUUACUUCUACUGCGACCGCGAAACCAGUGUGGAUCUAAGCCGCCCAGCAUUUACCUCCUGACAACCAUCGCCCAUCACGAAUCAUCUACCCUCACGCCGCUGAUGCUAAGGCCACGAUCCCUCCCAUUGUCUAUGUCUAUGUCCAUUGUCUAAAGCCCUAUGCCCCUCUUUCUUGUUCAUAAGCUAAGAAGGUGGAUGUGCUCUCCGUAAGGGACGCGCAUCUCAUCUAUCCUUAUUCCUUAACGUCACUCAACCCUCCACGAAACGACCCCCCACGAUGUACGGGCCUCCUGACGAACGCUCACGAUCCUACGUCACUGUCAGCGCUCUGUACAUAUGCCACCCUACGUGUUCAACGCCCGUGUAACGACUGCUCUUUUGCUGAUGAUCACGCCUAUCGAUGAUACUUAACUGCACAUACGCCUGUCUUACUGUUUACUGCUAAUUAGUUGCGGGUGUAAUUAG